AUUUUAUUUUUUUUUCUAAACAAAAGAAUAGGUACAGAAAAGUAGCUAUUUCUUUGUGAUUGGAACCUAAAAUAUGUUUCACGAGUCUGAAAGGUGUAGUGAGAAUUGCUCAAGAAGCUUUUCCUUCCUACCAUGUGGUUAACCUUGUCAUAUUUUCGCUAAGGUCAAGUGGCUUUUUCUUUGCGAGAAUUGCUAGAGAAGCUUUUCCUUCCUACCACCACCACGUGGAUGACCUUGUCAUAUUUUCGCUUUUAGAGCUACUUACGUAUAUCUAUUCACGUCUAAAUUGACUUGGCUUGAUAAUUUUGCGGGAAGCUUUCUAAGCUCUGAAGCUUCGAGUAGAAGAUACACUUCCCCUUUUUGUCUUGUAUAAAAGCCCUCUACCCAGAGUUGUAAGUAUACUCCAAGCUUCCUCAAUACCAGAACCAUUAGUUUCCAUACAAAUCUUUCCCAUAAGAAUGUUUUCGCUAACAAGGAUGCCUUCCACAACCUCAGUUCUAUCAGCAUAUACCUCCUUCGCCGCAUCCACAAUGCUAGCCCGGACUAUGAUCAAUGAGGUCAAAACCAUAACUAGCCAGUUCAUACCGCAACAACUCCAAGAGAAUUUCUUAUCGAGGUUUGCAGGCCUUUUUGGAAAUCUCUCGUCUGAAAUGACUCUCAUCAUUGAUGAAUACAGUGGGCUUUCCAUCAAUGAAGUUUUCCAGGCUUCUGAAGUCUAUUUAAGCACAAGAAUUACCCCCUCAAUCGGACAGCUUAAGGUUUCAAAGACCCUGCAUGAGAAGAACCUCACCAUCAGCAUCAACAAAGGAGAAAAGAUUAUCGACACAUUCGAGGGAAUACAUUUCACAUGGGAGUUCGUUUCCAUUGAAAAGCAGAAAUCACAUUAUGAUUUUGAAAGCUAUUCCGAGUCAACAGAAACGGCUGAACAUAGAUCAAUUAUGCUCAGUUUUCCCAAGAAAUGCAAGGAAAAAGUGCUGAGCACUUACCUGCCAUAUGUAGCAAGCAGAUCAAAAGCCAUACAAGAAGAAAAAAAGGUGGUGAGACUGUAUUCACUAGGAAACUCAUGGGAAUCAAGUCAUCUUGAACACCCAUCUACUUUCGACACACUCGCAAUGGAUCCAAAGCAGAAGAGAGAGUUGAUGGAUGACUUGGACAGAUUUGUAAAGAGAAGGGAAUUUUAUAGGAGAGUGGGAAAGGCGUGGAAACGUGGGUAUUUGUUGUAUGGUCCUCCUGGUACAGGCAAGUCAAGCUUGAUAGCAGCCAUGGCUAAUUACUUGAAAUUUGACAUCUAUGAUUUGGAGCUUACAAAUUUACAUAGCAAUACGGAGCUCAGGAGACUGUUAGUCUCUACUGCAAACCGAUCCAUUCUUGUACUUGAGGAUAUUGAUUGUAGCGUUGAGCUGAAAGACCGACAGUAUGAAGGAUUCAAUCACGCCGAUAGCCAGCUAACACUAUCUGGGUUGCUUAAUUUCAUUGAUGGGUUAUGGUCGAGCUGUGGAGAUGAGAGAAUUAUUGUGUUCACAACCAACUACAAAGACAGAAUAGACCCUGCAUUGUUGAGGCCAGGCCGCAUGGACAUGCACAUCCACAUGUCGUAUUGCACUCCAUGCGGGUUCAAGAUCCUUGCUUCCAACUACCUAAGAGUCAAAACUCACAGCCUGUUCGCUGAAAUAGAAGGACUCCUAAAAGAGGCAGAGGUCACCCCAGCAGAGGUUGCAGAAGAGCUGAUGAAAAGCGACGACGCUGACAUCGCCCUUACAGGACUGGUUGCAUUCCUUCAACAGAAGAUGCAGAUGAUGAAAUGCGCCGAAGAAUCUAAAUUGGAAGGAGAAGUCAUAGAACAAGGGAAACCAAACCCGAAAACCGAGGACAGUGAGAGAACUAAGAAGUCAAGGAAAGCAAGAAGGGGUAAAAAGCAAGCGAUGAAAGGUUAA